GAGAGAGAGAGAGAGACACACACACACACAAACUCAAAGCAGCUGAGCGGGGCAAUAACUGGAGCAAGUCUGGGAGCGAACACUCUUCAGCCACGACUCCAGCUACUCUGGAUGCGCUCUCUCAGACGCAAGGGCUCUUCCAGACAAAACAACCAGUUUGUUUUCACAAACACUCCGAUUUCUUGAAAACUUGAAAAUAUAUAUAUGUACACACACACAGUGAGGGACUUGUGCAGUUUAUCUGAUCGAGUUCAGCCGGUCGUUUACUGAACCACAACCGGCUGGAAGUUGAAGAGCAGCAGAGCGAGAGAGACGAGACAGCCACGGAGUCCAGAAUAUAGUCGCAGUGUGAAGACGCCCACACACCCAGUGACAAAUAUCAUCCUCUUGAUUUCACCCCCCUCCCCUCCCUUCCUUCCCUCCGACCUCUCUCCCUCCAGUCCGGGUUUGCUAGGUCUAAAGCACAGGAGGAGGGACUUUUCAGUACAAUUCACAACGGUCUUUUUGGACGGAGCAACAUCUCGGGACCUUUGCGAGCACCGAAUGCCGAAUUCUGCUGAACUGCACCACAACAGGAAAGCCAUGUAUUCACACCGCCUCCCAUCGGUCUUCAGAUACCUGCUGCUGACACUGAUCCUCCCGGGACUAGGUGGCGCUUCAUCUCUCCACUACUCAGAGGGAACAUCAAGCAGGUCCAUCGAGAAGAUCCUGGGCAAAUUUAGCAAAGAUUUUCAAUGCCAUCACAUGUUGAAACACCUGUACAAUGGAGCCAGGAUCACUGUCCAAAUGCCACCUCAGGUGGAGAGCCAUUGGGUCUCUACGAGUUGCGAGGUGAGACCAGGUCCUGAGUUCGUCACCAGAUCCUACAAAUUUUACUCCAAUAACACAUUCAAAGCUUAUCAGUUUAAUUAUGGAGACAAUCAUUGUACACACCCCACCUACACCUUAGUGAUCAAAGGGAAACUCCGCUUGCGCCAGGCUUCCUGGAUCAUUCGAGGAGGGACCGAGGCUGAAUACCAUCUUCACAAGGUUCAGAUCAUCUGUCAUAACAAGGUGAUAGCUGAGGAGAUGAGCCUGAAAUUGAACAGGUCGUGCCCCGGGUUUGUGCCAGGACAGAAGAUGUGGGAGCCUAACGUAAAGUACGACAUAUGGAGUGACGAGACAGGCUGCAACUGUUUCCGGGCUCUGAAUUUUGCCAUGCACGAAUUGCAGCUCCUCAGGGUCGAAAAACAGCACCUGCACCACAAUCCUGAGCAUGUGGUACAAGAGCUCUUCCUGGGGGAUAUCCACACAGAUUGGUCCCAGAGGAUGUAUUACAGACCUUCCAGCUAUCAACCUGCACUGCAGAAUGCUAAGAGUCACGAUCAUUCCUGCAUGGCCUGUCGGAUAAUCUACCGAUCAGACGAGCAUCAUCCUCCCAUUCUACCUCCAAAGGCAGACUUGACUGUAGGACUGCACGGCCAAUGGGCGAGCCAGCGGUGUGAGGUGCGACCGGAGGUGCUCUUUCUCACUCGGCACUUCAUAUUCCAUGACAACAACAACACUUGGGAAGGACAUUACUACCAUUUCUCGGACCCCGUGUGCAAGCACCCAACUUUCACCAUCUACGCCAAGGGCCGUUACAGCCGAGGAAUCCCCUCAACUAAAGUAAUGGGAGGAACAGAGUUUGUAUUUAAAGUGAACCACAUGAAGGUAACGCCAAUGGAUACUGCUACUGCAUCACUCUUAAAUGUCUUCAAUGGCAAUGCAUGUGGAGCUGAGGGGUCAUGGCAUGUAGGAGUGGAGCAGGAUGUCACUCACACCAAUGGCUGUGUGGCUCUGGGGAUACGUCUCCCUCACACCGAGUAUGAGCUCUUUAAGAUGGAACAGGACUCUAAAGGUCGAUACCUUCUGUUCAACGGACAAAGGCCUAGUGAUGGAUCCAGUCCAGACAGGCCAGAGAAGAGGGCUACAUCUUAUCAGGCUCCUUUAGUCCAGUGUGCUGCAUCUGCAAUAGGACUGGAUGAGUCAAUGGAAGAUGGCAAACAAGACAAAUCAACCAAUAAUGGAUCCGAGAGAAAGCACCACUCUGGUGGUGCUUUUGUAUUACUGUUUAUCUGUGUGAUCAAACAAGUCUUCAGCUAAGCACAGCCUCGUCUUGCAAUGGUUUCUAUGAUGGAAAACUCUGUAACUAGAAUUGCUUUCUUCAUCCAGACAGUUUAUUGACUUGAUGCAAUUCAAUGCUGAAAUACUGUUCCUCUAUUUGAAGGCAUCAGUAUAAUUUUUCCACUUUGAACUCCCUCCAGUCAACUUCAGACAUGGAACAAGUAGCAUCUACUGCACAACAGUAACAGCACUUUAUUACGAUGGAAGAUUUUAUCUGGCAAGCACUGUAAAAAUGUACAUAAUUCGCCAAGCAUAUUCAAGCUAAUGUCAUCUGUAGUAUUCUGCUCCCAAUUACUAUAUGCUUCAGGUAAUUCCAGAGGGUAUUUUUAAUUGGCAAAAUGAACUAGUUUUUGUAUAUUUGAAUCAAGAAUUUCAAUGUGUAAAAUCUGGAGCUGUUAAAACGAAUUAUGGUUAACAGAUAGAAAGGAGCUACUGUCUUCCAUAAACAAGAACACCAGUUAAAAAUUAAUUAAGGUAUUAAUUAAUUAAGGUAUCAAGAAAUACUAUUUCUACAUUUUAUUUUUCCUUACAUGAAUACAAGUAAUUAUUUGUAUCAUUUAUAUAAAAGUUAACAAUAUUUCUGCUGUGGGUUUUGUGUGGCACUUGUUUAUCAGUUACUUUGUUAAAAAUUUAGGUAUAGGUUUGAUAUUAUUUAUAUACCAAGGCACCAGAUUUGUUUUUACUGGUCUUGUUUUUUUAACUCUUGGCAUCAUUCAUUUUCUUCUGAUUUUAGAAAUCACAUUAAGCACGUAUUUUUGAAAAGUGCAUUUGGCAAUUAUAUAAGUAAAUCAUUAUAAUGUUGUUUACUAUUUUCUGAUUUUAAUGUGUUGUCUGUUGUUCCUUCUUUCUUAAUCAUUUCUAUAGAAAGCACAAAGGCUUCAGAUUAAAUAAAGCUGAUUGAUAGUUUU